AAUGGUGAAAGCGAGAGAGGAGAAUAUGUCAAACUACGAAAUGAGCAUGAAACUCCUGGAACGCUUACUCCGGCAGGCCCAAGGCUUCGAAUUCUACGUCAUGGGAUUCACAAGUCAAAGCUCAAUCAAGCGGCCCUCCAUAGCUAGAGGUAGCCAUAUGCGGCUUCCUAGUAUCGCCAGAACAGAUUCCGCUGUGUCGAUUGCAGAAGAAAGUACUGAUCGGCAGGACGAGGCGCCGGAAGUGAAAUAUAAGAUAAGAUGGGAGGAGUCUCCGCUGAUCACCGGCGUCAAGCUGGGCCUCGACGACUUCGUCAUCAAAAUACUCCAACUGUCCCCAUGGUUAGCCACCUACGUCGAUUACGACGGCACGAACGUGCUCCAGGCCGCCGUCAAGUAUGGUCGGAGGCGGGUCGUGCAGGUCAUCAAAGAGGACGAGCGGCUGCCGACGUGGUUGUUCACCGAUCUGGAGUCCGACACCAACAACACCCUUCUGCAUAUCGCAGCUUCCAACAAGAUCUCCAAUACGGAAGCAAAUCCCCUACGUCUGCAAGAUGAACUCGAAUGGUUUGAGAUGCUCAAAAAGGACGUCGUUCCUUCAAACCUGUGGGACUACCGAAACAGAAGAUGGAUGACCGCCCAGGAGAUGUUCGACGAGAAGCACGAGAGGACGGUGCAGGUGUGCAGUGACAAGCUAGCGGAGAAUGGCCGGGCCUGCUCCCCGCUGUUGGCAGCGGUGGUGUUCACCUCCAGCUUCUACAUCCCCGGCGAGGACAACCGGGAGAGCAACCGACUGGCCUUCAAGAUCUUCUCCCACGUCUACGUGGUGGGGUUCUCCUUCGCAGCCACCUCGCUGGUCAUGUUCCUGAUGCUGGCCUUGAGGCCGUUCAAUCAGCGGCACUUCCGGCGGGUGGUGCCAUGGCACUACGUGACGGCGUGCUUCUUGCUGACCAUGUCCCUGGCCGCCUUUAUCAUCGCCUUCGCCUGCAACAUGUACCUGCAAAUCUACGGCAAGCAGAGGAAGUCCCGUGCCGACUUGACGAAGCUGCUGCUGGAGCUCCUCCUCGUUCCCGUCCUCUGUGCCUUGUCGCUCUCCCUCACUGGAACCUCCUGGAGAUUCAGUACCCUUAAACGUCUCGCCAAGUAAUUAAUUCUAUCUUCUAUCUCAUUAAACAGCAACUUGACAAUUCAUGAUAAGUUGAUUUCAUUUGUGUGUCAAAAACUUCUUGAAUUGAUUUCGUGGCAAUUCAUGAUAAGAAUUGCUUUGUUUUUCUUAGUGUGGAUUUGAU